AUGGAUCAGAACACUUUCGCAGCGGACGAGAAUACCGCUCUCACUAGCUCCCGCCAGCAAACAGUCGGAGCCAAAGGGAGCUCGGGUGUGCCAUCCUGGAACCCAGUCUCGGCGAACCAGAGCGGCUGCGAUAUCUUUGAGCUGUUUGAGGUUUACAGGCGAUCGGCAAACCGCUACAUAAACCAGUAUUUUGAGUGCCUGGAUCGCCUUCCAGCCUCCGGUACUGAGCUCAACGCGUAUAGCCGGUCGCAAGAAGUGUCUACCCGCGAGGGCUCUGAAGCGGAGAGGAAUGUCUGGCUCUUGAAGAUUUCGCAUGACAGCGCGGUGCGGGAUCUGACAGUGCUGGACGAGAUCCUUGACAAGGCCAAGGAACAAGAGAAGCCUCCAGGGAGAACCGUUUCUCCAGGCGCAGCCGUAUGGACUUUUGCGUGCUCCAUUCUUGCCUUUGCGUUUCCGCACAAGGUAUCAUCUGUUAUGUUUAAAGUCGGUGCACUUGCUGGCGCUCUACUCUUCACUUUUGACCUGCUUCGGAAACCGCCGUGGGCGAGCAGGCUCGGGCCCGUUCAGCACAAGAUACAAGGGCUGAUCCGGUCGUUUGAGGAGGGGACGAUGCGGCACCGGGAUCGGGGUUUAUGUUGGUGGCUUGGGCUGCAUGAUGCAGUCUGCCUCACCCAGAGCCUGAUUGGAAAGUCUGCCUCGCCAGGCGGUGAGAAAACUGGCGAUCCCCAAAUUGCAGUCUGGCGUACUCGACAUAACCAAGCUCUCAGAGAAUUGUUUUUCACUCCUCAUAGGACUCCUGGGCUUGCCCAUGACCCCUCAAAGCGACAAAGCACUAUGGCGUCCAGUUCGACCGACCAAGUGAGCGAGGUCUUUGAAAAGGCCAAAGCUGAUUUUCUGAAUGGAAUCAAAGAUCAAAAGCUACGCAGUCAGCUUCAAAAAGCUACCACGAUUGACGAUAUUUGGGACUACACCGAACAGCUCCAAAAGGACCAAGCAAGCAAUAAGCGACUACGAGGAAUGAAGAGAAUCGGACCUUAUAUCGAGCGAUUGCAAGAAUACGCUGGCGUAAUUGAGAUCUUUGUCCAGGUUAAACCAGAUGUUUUGGCUCUCAUCUGGGGACCGAUCAAGCUUUUACUCCAGGUAUCGAGCAACCUCGUCGCUUCUUUCGAUGCAAUCCUUGCUGUGAUGAAGAAUAUGGGGUCGAUUCUUCCUCGCUUCAAUGAAUUUGUUCCGUUGUUCAAGAAUAAUGAGCGCUUGAAAUAUGUUCUAGGGCUGUUCUUCCAGGACAUACUCGAUUUCUAUCUGGUUUCUCUACGAUUCUUUGGACUUACCCGUUGGAAAGUCUUUUUUGAGUCAUUGUGGCCAGCACGUCGAGCCGAGAUACAGGUCAUUGCUGAAAACAUAGAAAAGCACAGGCUUUUGCUUUGUAACGAGAUCACGCUCAACGACAUUUUGGAAGCCCACACAGCGCGAAAGAAGGCUCUUGAACACUGCGCCGAAACCCGAGAGUUUCAAGAACGUCAGGAAUUUCACUCUAUGGAGACUUACAUACGCCCUCCUUCUUACGACGAAGACCUCGAUCGCAUUCGCAAUAGCCGGUGUAAAGGGACUGGGACAUGGCUAGUUCAAGACCAGCAGUUUGUCAGUUGGGCUGAAGGGAAGGAGAAAUCUCAUCAGGUUCUAUGGUUGCAAGGCAUUCCUGGAGCAGGCAAUCCUAUAAUAUUUAAAGCACAUUUGACGCUAAUGUGCCACUUAAUAGGCAAGACCUUUUUAGCAUCCACGGCAGUUGAUAGGACCAAGGAUUUAGGACAUUCACUAUUCGUCUUUCUCAGUUACAGACUCAAUCUGAACUCCCCUAUCCCAAUCUACCACUCCUUGAUCUUCCAACUGGCAUCGCAAGACCGAGACUUGCGAACUGUACUCUGCUCAACCAUCAUGAGCACCACUAAAGACUUGAAACGCGAUCUGAAAGGCGACUCUAAGUUCGCGCUCAACACCUUCACAAAGUUACUCCAGGCCGCAGGCUCAACAUACAUCACUAUUGACGGCCUCGAUGAGAUUGAUGACUGUACUCAGCAAGUCUUUCUGCAUCUAAUACUCGAUGAACUGAAAAAUUUGCCCCAUGCCAAGCUCCUCAUCAGUAGUAGAAGGGUUGAAAGGAUUGAAAGAAUUUUGAAACCAAUUGCGAUGAUGCUACCUAUUGGCCACAAGAACUCUGACUGCAUUGAGGCAUACAUUUCUCACAGAGGGCGGAACUGGCUCGAAAACUCCUAUUUCGACUGUGAUGCCCGCACAGAGGUUCGGCAACUGCUCAGUCCCUUAGCUUCGAAGGCAGACGGUAUGUUCCUUUACGCUAGGAUAGUACUAGAGGACGUAGAAAUGUUACAGGACUUGGAUUCCAUCCGAGACCAGCUUAGCGCCCUCCCAGAAGGUCUUGACGAGGCGUACGAGCGGAUACUUCAAAGAAUCACGAAACAUCCGACAGCCGCCCAGAAACAAUGUAAGAAGAUUUUGUCAUGGAUAGCCUGUUCUCCUGUUCAGAUCACUCGUCACGAGAUGGAACAGGCUUUGAUCAUCCAGGCGGAUCAGAGACGUGUUCCUGCAGUCAGAUCCAAGCUGAACACUCUCCCACUAUGUGGCCCAUUAGUUGAGGUUGAGGACGAGCAUUUGAAGUUUGCCCACUUCACGGUAAAGGAAUACCUACUUCGGAAUCAGAAGAACAAAAUUUUGGACGAGGGAGAAGCUCUUCUCGAGAUUUCGACUACCUGUUUGGCAUAUCUGUGCUCAGACUGUCUGGAUCCCGAUCUCAGGGAUGACGAUAUCGAGCGAAAUGUUAUAUCUGGGUCAUAUAGGCUACUUAACUUUGCACAUCACCAGUGGGCAGAGUGUCUUAGACUAUGCACAAGACAUUUCCGAGAUGAGUUGCCACCACAGCUUGUCCCUUUGCUAGGUCACCUCAUGCUGGACCUCGCCAAUCCAUACUACAACCAGGAUUCGGACACAAAAUUAGGGCUAUGGAGUCUUGAUAAUUUCAAGUCCAAUAUUGACGAGGUCAAAGCUAUCUCUCACAGCCUUGACUUUCGAAGUAUUGUGGCUACUUCUUAUGAUUGGCGUCUAGACGAAGAAGACGCUAGUUGGUCAGAUUUCAAUUUCACAACUAUCUCUGUAACAACAAUACGUGUUCAUCGAAUACUGCAGAGGCUUCUAUGCAGCGGAAGCACACAUUCAAACAAUUGCCAUUGUUCAGAUAUUCAGAAGCAUUAUGGACUGGCUCCCAAUAGUUGCCCAUUUCUCUCUUGUCGAUUCCAUCGAUUCCAUUUCAAGAGUAGAGCUCUCCGCGAUGAGCAUAUCAGGCACCAUGACCGUCCUUUCAAAUGCGCCCUAGAUGGCUGCGAGUACUCGACUCUCGGCUUUUCUUCUCGAGGACAACUCGAACACCAUCAUGUUAAAUACCACCAGAGGCAAACUAAAUUUCAUAUUCCUAGGGACCUCGAUACGCUACAGCACGAGGAUCUCAAGUUGCUCGUGAUUGGGUACAUUAUGAGAGAUGGAGUCCGAGAGAUGGAACAGAUUCUUCCUUCAAUUAUAUCACGAUGGCUUUCCGAGUCAGCCUUCAGAUCUUCAUUCGAGGGCUUGUUAGCCUCUCAUGGUUCUGUCACAAUGGCCCGCCUUAUAUUUGGUGAACAAAUUUCGAUGGAUGACACUUCUUGCAGGUCAUUUGUGCUUCGAGCAAUCCAAAAUCACAAUAUCCCGGUCGUUGAGUGGGCUGUCAGUAACCAACUCACACCUUUACUGGACAUUGACAUAGUCGGGCCUUACCUUCUUCCAGCAAUACUGGCCUCUGAUUCUAUUGAAAUCUUCAAUAUUUGGCGAAACUAUGCAAUUUCUUCGGGCUACGCCGACGCCAUAUUCCCCGCUUGUCUGGCGUCUAGCAAAUUGAGCCCAGUGGUAGAAUUACUAGUAGCCUCUCUCUGGAUUGAGCAGUACGAACUCGGAAAUGUUCCUGCGUAUAAAUCAAGUCAUCUCCUGAGCUACCUGGCCUCUGGAAACUGCUCUCUCCUGCUGGCUAAGGCUCUAGUCACUUGUGGCGCCGACGCUAACUACAAACGAAACACAAGUUCUUUCCCUGCGUUGCAUUAUGUGCUCAGGAAGACUAGUGCUGAGGCAGCUGACCUAGUCAAGUAUCUUCUGCUAUCAGGUGCAGACCCCCAUGCGUUUGUUACCCGGCGUUCAGGGAAGAACAAGGGGCAGAGAGUCUAUCCAUCCUCAAUGCCUGGUGCAAAAGGCAUCUUCAAGUGGUUGGGUAAGACAUGGGAUGAACUAGUGGAAUGGGUAGCAGAAGAAAGACGCAAGAAUGCAAAAGAGGCAUUUCCACCCGCGUCUUCAACAUUGCCAGCAGACAAGGGGUGA